CGUGCGUGGGGCAGGUGUCUCACGAUGAGCGCCCGGGUCGUGCGGGCCGCGUGGGCCGGUGGUUGGAGCGUGGGUUGCCGCCGUGGCGCCUCGAGCUUCCCGGUGCCUCCGCCGGGCGCCGCCGACGUGGUGGAGCUGCUGCGAGACGCGACAGCAUCGGCGGAGGAACCCUGGGCAGAGACGGCACGGCGGACGCCAGGCCAGUGCUCCGUACUGCUGUUCCCCGGCCAGGGCAGCCAGGCGGUGGGCAUGGGCCGCGGCCUGCUCGGCUACCCGCGCGUCCGCGAGCUCUACGAAGCCGCCCGCCAUGUGCUGGGCUAUGACCUGCUGGAGCUGAGCCUGCACGGGCCACAGGAGGACCUGGACCGCACCGUGCACUGCCAGCCCGCUGUCUUCGUGGCUUCGCUGGCCGCCGUUGAGAAACUUCAUCACCUGAAUCCCGCGGCUAUCGAGAACUGUGUUGCUGCUGCUGGAUUCAGUGUGGGAGAAUUUGCAGCCCUGGUGUUUGCCGGAGCCAUGGAAUUUUCUGAAGGUUUGUAUGCAGUGAAGGUCCGAGCCGAAGCCAUGCAGGAAGCUUCAGAAGCUAUCCCCAGUGGGAUGUUGUCCGUCCUCGGCCAGCCUCAGUCCAAGUUCUCCUUUGCCUGUAUGGAAGCCCGGGAACACUGCAAGUCUUUGGGCAUAGAGAACCCUGUGUGUGAAGUGUCCAACUACCUCUUUCCUGAUUGCAGGGUGAUUUCAGGACACCUAGAGGCUCUGCAGUUUCUCCGGAAGAAUUCUUCUAAGUAUCACUUCAGACGCACCAAGAUGCUGCCAGUGAGUGGUGGCUUCCAUACCCGCCUCAUGGAGCCAGCUGUGGAGCCCCUGGAGCAGGUUCUCAAGGCGAUCGACAUCAAGAAGCCUCUGAUCGCUGUGCACUCUAACGUUAGUGGGCAUAGAUACAUGAACCCUAAACACAUCCGGAAGCUGCUAGGACAGCAGGUGGUGUCCCCAGUGAAAUGGGAGCAGACAAUGCAUGCCAUAUAUGAGAGGAAGAAGGGCACCUUGUUCCCCAGCACGUUUGAAGUGGGGCCCGGGCAGCAGCUGGGAAGUAUCCUGAGGAGCUGCAACUUGAAGGCCUGGAAGUCCUACAGCCAUGUGGAUGUGAUGCAGGCCAGCGAGGACCCGGACCCAUGUUCCCCAGAGUCCCCAAGGAAAAACUACUGGGGAAAGGAUGCACCUGCACACUGCCUGUGAGAAGUCCUGGAACCUCUGCUCCGCCUCUUCAGGCGGCCCUCCCCUCAGCCAGCCUGGGAAGGGCUGGGCUGUGUAGGGUCAGUCAUGCUCUGGGUGCUGUGGACAUGCUGCUUGGCCACAAGCCAGGCAGGACCUGUGGGCCACUGGGGGCCAGGACCUAAGGGUCUUUGUCUCUGAAUCUAAGAGGUUUUAGAACCCAGUGGGCCAUGGCAGCUGUUCUGUCCUUUCUUAUGUGAAAACUGGGAGAUUGACUCCUAUAUUCCUUUACACAUCCAAGAAGUGUGUAUUCAGUGCCUGCUGCACGCCAGAGAGCAGGUGGCCUUUGCCUUGGCAGAAGAGGGUCCUGGAGCAAGAUGUGAGGAGUGUGGACGUGCCCAGGCAGGGAGGACAGCAAGGAGCUCUGACCCCUUUGGCCAGCCCCAGCUUCUCCAUGGAGGGACACCUCUAGGACAUCCACAUGACAGUGUCACUGUGAUCUCUGUGCACCUCCCUCAGAAAGCUCCACCUGUGUUCCACAGCCUUGCUCUGUGGAUGCAGCUCUUUGCCCUGAUACUAAAUAUAAACCAUUCUAAGUUGCAAGGCGAGCUUUCUCAUUUUCCAGUGAUUUGAGCAAACCUUGGUGAUGAGUUCUCCGAGUCUGUCAUACAGUGUCACUGCUAGUUAGGUGGGCACUGCCAAGUCCUGUACGAGACUUCUCAGUUUUAGUACAUGGUGUUUGUCAACAGGAUCAUUGGCCUUUGUGCAGAGCCGCCUCCUAUGGGACUUGCCUUCUCUUGUGGGCAGCUGUCAUGGGCACUGUGUGCUAGUGCAAACAGUGAGCCCCUGGCUGAGAAUCACUGCAGACUGCAACACCACUUGAGCCUUUCCACCAACCCAUGCAGGCUGAUCUUGAACUCCUGGACUCAGGUGAUCCUCCUGCCUUAGCCCAGGGUAGCUGGGACUACAGGUCUGUGCCACUGUGCCCAUGUGGGAAGAACUAUUCUUAAAACUUGACUUAACUUUUUAUUAGUAAGUACUAAGUCUUUUUGAACUUCCUUUGCUGCGCUUGAAGUCCCCAUAGCUGUGGGAGACUAUCCCGCCUAGGUCCUGUAGCAGCACAGGAGACAGGAUGGAAGGAUAGGGUCCCUUCAGCCCUGAGGACAAAAUCCCAAAUGAGGAACCUGGGGUGGGUAUGGGCAGUGGGCCUCUGUUGCGUGGAGCAGGUUGGCAGGCCCUCCUGCUCUGGGCACUCCAUUUUUCUUCAUGGUCCAGCA